AUGAAUCUACGUUCGUUUCUUCUGGGGGGCACCCUGGCCCUCGCCACCAAUGCCCUCUUGAUCGUCCCCGAGAUGAUGGACGACCCCGCGGCCGCCCCGGGCAUCUCCGAACUCCAGACAUUGGAAGCCCAUGCGGCGCAGCAGCAGCAGGUGGAGCUGCAUUGCACCGAGUGUCCCUUCCGUGAAGAGGAUAGCAGUGCGGUCUACUGGGUGACGGACGGCUCGGAGACCACUUUGUCGUUGAACUUCAGCGUCGAAGAUGGCGUCCUCCUGGCCAAUGGCCAUCAGAUCUUCCCCCCUUCGUCGCCCAGCCCCUUGGUCGCCGUUCAGCACCGCCUGUCCGAUGGCGAGAAGUCGGCCCCCAUCCCGCUGGGUUAUGCCGUCGAGAUGAUGCCGGUGCCCUCCGCGCCCGAGGAGGUGAUGGAUCUGGUCGCGGUUCGCUUCACUGUACUCGACUUGGACGGCCACCCCGUCCCGUUGAACACGGUGGCGAUGCACUUGGUGCAUACCCCCUCUGGGGAUCUCUACAUCGCCAAGUCGGAGAUUGAGGAGACCACCCCCGACAAGAUGUCCUGGCGCCAGUGCCGCGGUCGCCCCAGCUGCCUGCGUAGCCUGCUGUUCAGCCGGAUGCGCUCCCUGUUCGCCUCGGCCAAGAGCCGCAUGCUCAGCAUGGCCCGCAAGCCGGGUUGUGGUGGUCGUCCCACCGCCGCCCACCGCCGUCCCCAUGACUUUGCGUUCCCGGAGGCCCUGGAGGCCAACGGUCGCACGGGCCACGACGGACGCCCCCGCAUCAAGUACGGCGCCUGGGAGCGCACCUUGUCGCGCGUGGUGCGCUUCAUCCUGGUGCCGGCCAUCCUCGGGGUUUUGGCCGGGUUGGUGACCAGCGCCCUGGGCAUGUUGGUCGGCCAGCUGGUCGUCUCCCUGUGGCGUCGUCACUCGCGCCGCUCCGCGCCCCUCGACACGGAGGAGCAGGGCACCGCCCCGGAGAAGCAGGGUCUGAUGACCGAGAGUGCCGAGGAGCAGCCGCCAGCCUACCGGGAUGACGAGGGUCUGCCCGAGCAUGUGUCGGCGGACAAGCAGUAA